CAUGGUGUCUGCGGAGCUUGUGCUGGCCGCCGUUGCCGUGGCGCUUCUGUUGUACCUGGUGAAGGCGGCCUGUUCCAGGCCGCACAACUUCCCUCCAGGUCCGCCUGCCCUUCCGAUAUGGGGCAGCUACCCCCUGCUGCUCCUGGAGAACUACAAGUUCCCUUACCGCGUGCUGGACGCCAUGACUAGUCGCUACAAGUCCAAGGUGAUCGGCUUCCACUUCGGCAGCUACUCGAUGGUGGCCGCCUGUGACCACCAGAGCAUCAAGGAGGUGCUCAGCAACCCGUACAUGCAGGGCCGGGUGAUCAACGUACUGGGCGUCGUGAGGAACUACCACAAGGACCUCGGCAUCUUCCUGUCGGAGGGCCCGCAGUGGCUGGAGCAGCGGCGCCUCACCCUGAGGAACAUGCGGGACUUCGGCUUCGGCCGCCGCUCUGGACGGCUGGAGGCGGAGAUCGAGGCAGAGCUGAGGGACCUGCUGGAGCUCAUCCAAGGGGAUCGGGAGGACGAGGCGGUGGCCCGGCUGUCGCCAGCAGGGGACGGCUCGCGUCGAGUUCUGCUGCCCGAAGCGCUGUUCCCCACGUUCAUCAACUCCAUCCUGGCGGUGUACACGGGGGCCAGGCUUCCACGCUCCGCAGACGAGACGGCUCGUCGCCUGGGCAAGGCCGGCAUCAGGUUCCAGCGGCACGGAGACACGACGGGGGGCUUCCUCACCAUCCACUCGUGGCUGUCCAGAGUGGCGCCUGUGCUGUCCGGAUACCGGGACGGACUGGAGGGCUCUCUCCAGAUGAGGACCUUCAUGGAGAAACUGAUCGAGGACCACAAGAAUACCUACGAAGACGGCUACGAGCGUGGCUUCAUUGACACCUACCUCAGGGAGAUCAAGCAACGAGAGCACACGGGAGAACCGACACCAUUCACCACGGAGCAGCUGGCCAUAAUCCUGCUGGACAUGUUCUUCCCGAGCGCGACCGCGCUCACCUCUGCAGUGACCUGGGCCCUGAUGUACGUGGCCCACCACCCGUCGGUGAUGCGGCGAGUGCAGCAGGAGCUGGACUCCGUGGUGGGCCGCGGCAGGGCGCCUACUCUGGACGACAGGCCACACCUGCCGUACACUGAGGCCACGCUGAGGGAGGUGAUGCGGAUCAACACCCCCGCACCCAUCAGCGUCCCGCACAAGGUGACGGAGGACACCUCGCUACAAGGCUACUCCCUGCCAAAGGGCAGUGUGGUCAUAACCUGCUUGUGGAGCAUGCACAUGGACAAGGACCUGUGGGGCGACCCGGAGAACUUCAGACCGGAGAGGUUUCUGGACGAGAAUGGACAGCUCAGCAGGAAAGACUUCAGCUUGCCGUUUGGUGCUGGCAAGCGGCUGUGCGCGGGCGAGACGUUCGCCCGCCAGAACAUGUUCCUGGCGUUCAGCACGCUACUGCAGAGCUUCAGCCUCACAGCUGACGGCGUGCCGCCUCUGGGCUGCAACAUCCCAGGCAACGUGGAGACUCAGCCCUCCUUCUGGGCGCGCUUCGAAGCUCGCUGAAAAACAAGUCACGUACACCGCUCUACACGGAUGGCGCUAAUCGCGUUGGAAAACGCGGUCGAAUGCGGGGAAAAUAUUAUAAAACAUUUACACUCGCUGUAAUAUAACUGUCAAAGUUGGGUAGUAUUGAAGAACACGAUUCUCCAUUAGUGUAUAACCCGAUACCGUGUAUUACUGUAGGAUUAUAUCAAUUUACUAACAAAAGAAGGGCCCCAUUGUACAACUUUCAGCGAUAAUUGAACGAUUUCUGAAGGAAAACGAUUUCUCAUUAGUGAAUAACCCGAUACCACGUGUAGUUUUGUCGCACUUACAUCAAUGAGUAAACAAAAGCUGCUUCAUUUUAUCACACUGAGCGAUAGUUGAAUGACUAACGUACAAUUUGCAUUUAUUUUUUGCUAAUACCAGUUCUCAUUACUUUUUACGUUUUGUUAAUAGUUCCACAUAAAAAUAUUGUAGUGAAUGACAAAAAUUCCUUGUGAAAAUUUUAAUACUAAUUAUGGAAUGAAUUGAUUUGUAAAAUUACCAGUUUAAAAUUGAUGAACCUUUAUUCAUUUCAUUAGUUAUUGUUCGAUAUUUACAGUCUAUCAAAUAUUAAAAUGAAGAUUUAAUAGCUCAAAACGCAAGAAGUUAAUAACUCUGUAAAUUAAGAGCUUUAAUUGUAUUUCAGCUCUUUAAGAAUGGAAUAUGUUAUCUUGUUAAUGAAAAUGUUAUAAAUACCUCAUGCAACAGAAUUUGGUUGGCAGAAAUGGACGAGCUAUGUAUUAUGUUAACAUGAUGCUGGAACUUGUACAAGUUGGUAUGUGACUAGAAAAAGCUAACUGGGAAGAUAUUAAUAAUUAUCUUUUAUGUCUGGAAAAUAAUAAGAGAUGUAAUCAGAAAAGAGUGCCUGGUUCUAAUUUGUGAUGACAACCUUGGACUAGUUCGUCCUCUG